AUGCGCAAGCUCGCCAACGGCGACGUCCGGGAGCUCUCGCUCGCGGCGAAGUGGUGCCCGUCGCUAGGCUCGUCGUACGACCGCUCCACUCUCCUCUGCGAGGCCGUCGCGCGACGCCUCUUCCCCAGAGGCUCGUCGCUGGAGCUGACCGAUGAUCUCCUGGACGGGCAUUAUGCUUAUCGCGCGCGCGAGCGCCUCCGUAGGACGGUGCUCGUGCCGCUCCGCCGCACGCUACAGCUCCCCGAGGUUUUCAUGUCGGCGCGCGCGUGGGAAUCGGUCGUGUACACGCGCGUUGCCUCCGUGGCCAUGAAGAACUACCAGGCCGUCUUCCUCAAGCACGACGCCGAGCGCUUCAACGCUUACCUCGCCGAUGUCAAGUCGGGCAAGAAGCGGAUCGCUGCGGGCGCGCUGCUCCCUCACCAGAUCAUCGAGUCCCUCGGCGAGGACGGCGACGGUGCUGGCACCGGCGUGGCCGACAUGCAGUGGCGGCGCAUGGUCGACGACAUGCGCGCCCUCGGCAAGCUCGCCAACUGCGUGGCCGUGUGCGACGUGUCGGGCAGCAUGUCCGGCUUGCCCAUGGACGUCUGCGUGGCGCUCGGCCUCCUCGUGUCCGAACUCACGGACGACCCGUGGCGCGGCCGCGUGAUCACCUUCAGCGAGCGCCCGGAGAUCCACUUGAUCACCGGCGACACCCUCUCCGAGAAGGUGAGCUUCGUGCGCGCCAUGGAGUGGGGCAUGAACACGAACUUCCAGGCAGUGUUUGACAAGAUCCUGGACGUGGCCGUGGCCGCCGGUCUGCCGCCGGAGAGGAUGGUGCGGCGGGUGUUGGUGUUCAGCGACAUGGAGUUCGACCAGGCGUCGGCUCAUCCGUGGGAGACAGACUACGAGGCGAUCGUGAGGAAGUUCUCGGAAGCCGGCUACGGCUCGGCCGUGCCAGAGAUAGUGUUCUGGAACCUGGCGUACUCCAAGGCCGUGCCGGUGAUGUCCGGCCAGCAAGGGGUGGCGCUGGUCAGCGGCUUCUCCAAGAACUUGCUCAAGCUGUUCCUCGACGGCGGCGGCAUCGUCACCCCGAGGACCAUCAUGGAGAAGGCCAUCGUCGGCCCGGAGUACGACAAGCUCACCGUUUUCGACUGA